CCCGCAUUGUGACAUCACCCCCAGAAUCCUGGGGUUUCCGUGGGGCUGGGCAGGCAGCAGCUGUCUCUGCCCCAAGAUCAGCCAUGUCUCCCCACGGGUGUCUGAGCGUCACCAAAUAUUUCCUCUUCCUCUUCAACCUCCUCUUCUUCGUCCUGGGUGGCAUCAUCCUCAGCUUCGGCCUCUGGAUCCUAAUCGACCAGCAAAGCUUCGCUGCCAUUCUGGGGUCCUCCCUGUACGCCCUGAAGGUCUGGUCCUACAUCUUGUCGGGAGUUGGCAUCAUCACCAUGCUGAUGGGUUUCCUCGGAUGCCUGGGUUCCCUCAAGGAGAUCAAGUGUAUGCUGGGAUUUUAUUUCGGUUUCCUCUUUCUCCUCUUCGCUGCCCAGAUCACCAUUGGAGUCCUGCUGUACACGCAGCGUGUCACAUUGAGUGGCAAGGUGGGGGUGUUCGUGGAGGACGCCAUCCGGACCUAUCCGCUGGCAGGACCCCCCAGCGAGAAGUACCAGAGCUGGGACUUCAUCCAGGGGCAGCUCCAGUGCUGCGGCUGGAACUCGUACCUGGACUGGCACCAGAACCCCAUCGUGGACAAUUCCUCCCGCAAACUGUACCCCUGCUCCUGUCACAACAGCUCCAGCCCUGGUGAGCGCGGCACCAACAUCACUGAGGCCCCAGCCAUGCAGGGAGCCACCGGGUUCUGCGUCGCUUAUGGGGAGUGGCCGGUCUACAGGCAGGGCUGCGUGAACAGUGUCCAGGGCUGGCUGGCCAAUAACAUCAUCAGCAUCGUGGGCGUCUGCCUGGGCAUUGCCCUGAUGGAGCUCUGUCUCAUGAUGUUAUCGAUGUUUCUGUUUAGAAACAUGGGCCAGAACUACGACAAGCUGACCCGAUACUCCUAGGAAGCCCCUCCCACCCCAGGGGGUGGAGGGGGAGCAGAUGGGCAGGAGUCACCGCCCCCCAACUGGGACCAUCCAGCAUGGGCUGAAGCAGCUUUCUGUCUCUGUCUGUCUGUUCCUGAGUGUUCUUGGCUGGGGGCAGAGCCCCUGGUCCAUUCCCCCACCCUGUCCCGGCCUGAGCUGUGCUCACCCUUUGGGGCAGUGCCAUAGGGAUGGGGCAGCUAUAACAUUCUGUCUUUGGGUAUCUAUUAGUGGGGUUUGCUGCAGUAGGGAGGGCAGGCUGGUGGUGGGGGUGGGGAGAAGAAGUCCUGUGGUACCUUGGGGGGGAGGGAGGGGCAGGAGGUUGGGAUGUGUGAAUAUGUCUGUGUGCCAUUGAAUGUGUUCUCCACGGGGGUGGGACCCCCGGUUCCCCCCUCCCCAGGAAUUCACAACUUUUGUAAAAUCCACUUUGUAAAUAAAAUAAAAAUUUGGGGUUCCAGCCCUGAAAAAUU